AUCGGACAUAAUUUUUGUUAUUCGCCGUGCAAACAAUUAAUUUUUCUGCAGUGGCGUAUCGGGCUAUCCCUUCUCUACUACUACUACAGCUACUGCAUUAUUGCGGCCUCGAGUUCGCAGCCUCUUCCUAGCACCUGCACUACCUUCAUCUUCACGUAAUUCUAGUCGUUGUCUUUUUACAAAACAACGAUAAGAUGUUGCGUAACGCGGUAAAAGGUGCAGCCAGGAAAGCUGUGACAGAGCUGUCUCAAUAUCCGAAACCUGGCGAGAAGCUUCACGGCUUUACAUUAUUAAGGACGAAGCAUGUACCAGAGCUCGAACUGACCGCAUUGCACCUCCGCCACGAUCGAACUGGAGCAGAUUAUCUUCAUAUUGCGCGAGAUGAUACCAACAAUGUAUUCUCGAUCGGUUUCAAGACGAAUCCACCGGAUGAUACGGGUGUUCCACAUAUCCUCGAACACACGACUUUAUGUGGUAGCCAAAAGUAUCCGAUACGGGAUCCUUUCUUCAAGAUGCUGCCACGAACCCUAUCCAACUUCAUGAAUGCCUUUACCGCCUCUGACCAUACCUAUUACCCAUUCGCUACAACCAACUCUCAAGAUUUUCAGAAUCUCAUGUCUGUAUAUCUCGAUGCGACCCUACACCCAUUAUUGAAAGAGACGGAUUUCACUCAGGAAGGUUGGCGGAUCGGUCCAGAAAACCCCAGGGUAGCAGAAAAGGAUGGAGACGCGGGGAGCGAGGAUAGCAAACUCGUUUUUAAAGGCGUCGUCUACAAUGAGAUGAAGGGCCAGAUGUCAGAUGCAGGUUAUUUGUUCUACAUCCGUUUCCAGGACCAUAUCUUCCCAGCUAUAAAUAACUCGGGUGGUGAUCCGCAAAAAAUCACCGACCUGACGUAUGAACAGCUACGCAAAUUCCACGCCGAGCAUUACCACCCAAGCAAUGCGAAGUUAAUGACGUACGGCGAUAUGCCAUUGGCCGAUCAUCUGAAGGAAGUUGAUGCCCAAAUGGUUACAUUUGAGAAGAUCCAAGCAGAUAUUGAACACAAAAAGCCCAUUAACCUUAACGAUGGACCACGUACAGUGACAGUUUUGGGGCCAGUUGAUCCUCUUGCCGAUCCCGACAAGCAAUACAAGACCUCAGUGUCGUGGAUCACGGGUAAUACAAAUGAUAUACUGGAAUCCUUCUCCGUGGCUCUCCUCUCGUCACUCUUGAUGGACGGUUAUGGGUCACCGCUUUACAAGGGCCUUAUUGAGAGUGGUCUAGGUACAGACUGGAGUCCAAACACCGGUUAUGAUGGGUCAGCAGCCACGGGGAUUUUUUCUAUUGGACUAACUGGUGUCGAGCAAUCAAAUGUGGAUAAGGUCAAGGAUGAGGUACAGAAGAUACUUCGCGAGGUUCGUGAUAAAGGCUUUGAAAGAACUAAGAUCGAUGGAUAUCUCCACCAGCUCGAGUUGGGUUUGAAACACAAGACCGCCAAUUUUGGUCUCUCAGUGCUACAUCGCCUAAAGGGAAAAUGGUUUUCCGGUACCGACCCUUUCGAUUCCUUAGCUUGGAAUGAUACGGUAGCGGCCUUCGAAGCGAAACUGGCCCAGGGAGGCUAUCUUGAGGGAUUGAUGGAUAAAUACCUCUUGAAUGACAAUACCCUCACCUUCAUCAUGGCCCCCUCAGAAACAUAUGGCGCAGAGAUCGCCAAGGAAGAGGAGGAUAGGUUAACAGCAAAAAUCUCAGAGGCUAUUAAAAAAGCUGGUGGAGAACAAGAAGCCCGAAAAUUCUUCGAGCAAAGAGAACUUGACCUGCUCGUUGAGCAAGGUAAAUCGAAUACGCAAGAUCUUAGUUGCCUACCGACAGUCUAUGUUAAGGAUAUUCCAAGGCAAAAAGAACCCGUCGUAAUCAGAGACGAGGCGGCCCAUGGAACCACUAUCCAGUGGCGCGAGGCACCGACCAACGGUCUUACUUACUUCCGAGCCAUCAAUACCUUUGAGAACUUGCCGGAUGAACUUCGAUCUUUGAUACCAUUGUUCACUGACUCUAUCAUGCGAUUAGGGACGAAGGAUAUGACUAUGGAGCAAUUAGAGGAUCUAAUUAAGUUGAAGACAGGAGGCGUAUCUGUCGGAUACUUGUCAACUGCUUCGCCAACCGAUUUUCGACAGGCCUCCGAAGGUCUCUUGUUAAGGGGCAUGGCCCUUGAUCGAAAUGUACCUGAGAUGUUUGAUCUACUACGCAAGCUCAUCUUGGAAACAAAUUUCGACAGCCCGGAAGCUGCUCUUCGAAUAAGACAGCUACUCGAAGCUGCAGCUGAUGGCGUAGUAAAUGAUAUUGCCUCAUCCGGGCAUGCGUACGCGCGACGAUAUGCUGAGGCUGGUUUAACGCGGGAUGCAUACCUCAGCGAGCAAGUUAGUGGUUUAUCACAGGUUAAACUCAUCACAUCAUUAGCUGGUCGGCCGGAUUCAGACCAGUUUGAAGAUAUUAUCGCAAAGCUCAAGCAGAUUCAAAAAUUUGCGCUAGCGGGCAACAGUAUUCGCACGGCGUUGACGUGUGGUGCAGACAGUGCUCAAGCUAAUUCUUCAGCACUUUCCCAAUUCAUGGCCUCUCGCCCAACCGAUUCUAUUACGUUCCCCGCUUCUAGAAAGCAGACAUUCGAAAGAGACAUUAAGGCAUUCUUUCCCCUUCCUUACCAAGUGUACUACGGUAGCCUUGCACUUCCGACUACCUCUUACACAUCCUCACAAGGCGCGCCGCUUCAAAUCCUUGCGCAGCUGCUAACUCACAAACACCUUCAUCACGAGAUACGUGAAAAGGGAGGUGCUUAUGGAGGUGGUGCUUAUAUGAAAGGUUUGGAGGGAAUAUUCGGUUUCUACUCAUACCGAGACCCCAACCCACAGAAUACACUCUCCAUUAUGAGAAACGCCGGUCGGUGGGCAGUCGAUAAGAAAUGGUCAGACCAGGAUCUCGAGGAGGCCAAGAUAUCCGUUUUCCAAGGUGUUGACGCACCCAAGUCUGUGAAUUCAGAAGGUAUGCUCCGUUUUAUGUCCGGCGUAACGCACGAGAUGCAGCAAAGAAGGCGUGAGCAGCUCCUGGACGUUUCGAAGGAUCAAGUCCGUGAAGUUGCUCAGAAGUAUAUCGUCGAUGCUCUUGCGAAAGAGGAAGAAAGAAUCGCCUUCCUCGGAAAGAAACAGGAAUGGGUAGACGGCUCUUGGAAGGUUAAUGAGAUAAACGUCAAUGGCGCCGAGUAACGAUCAAAACGUACGACUAAAGUAGCUCAUGUAUAAACGACCUGUACGAUAUUGUGCAUAUACCCUCCUCCAGCUAACUAGAUCAAUUGUAUAUAAUAACGAUCUUCCCGACAAGGACCUAUUCAGAUUUGUGGGCUAUUAUUCCCGAUUCAUUCCAGCGUUCAGAUACGAUACGUCUUCUUGCUUGACGUCCCUUACCGGGACCUCAUCCGUAGCAUGGAGACCACUGAGCAACGCGAGAGCAAGAAAUUUCGGAAGCAGGGUCAGUAGACGGCGCCUCGAAAGAGGCUGUUGGAUACGAGACCCGCUAUCCUAGGCUCGUCCUUUCAGACCCGGAUUCCUCAGCUUUGGAAGUCCGGACUAUAGAACAGAGUACAUGCUUAUCAAUUGAAAUUGAGAGAUGGAUGAGCGCGUUAAAACCCCCGCUAAUAUGUUAAUACUAACUGUAGACUAAGCGAUUAGCGAGUUAUUCACUUGCUACAUGACGUUCACUCAUCCGUUGGUGUUUUACAAAGCCUUACGUUGCAAUUCCAGCUUACGCAAGCCAAAACUCGAC